AGCUCUCUCGGCUGAUGGACAUCUGGAGUGUUGGGAUGUGUGCCAUGGAGGCUUCACGACUCAAGCCGGAAACUAGUAUAUACCUCCAACUGGUUGCCUGCUAAAAUAUCUAUCCGAAAAUCACACUCUCAGUGUGAUUCAUGCGGUGUAUUUGACUUUCCACUGAACAAUGGUGGCAAGAACAAAACCUUUUACCAUCGAGGCUUUAAACGGCCUAGUCUUCUUGCUGUUUCUGCUGUGCCUUCCAUUUUGCUUCCAGGUCAUGCCACCAAAUGGUGUACACGAGGUCGCACUGUUGGAGCGUCCAGAGUUGACCUGCGGCGAAUUCACAGGGCUUGAAUUUGAAACGAAGGCAAGUACAGAUGCUCAACGUUGCACAGAAACAGACAGGAUCUCGCUUGUGUCUUUCCUGGUUGCCCUAAUUGGUGGCGGAGUCUUCAGCUUGGAUGCCUUUGAGGCGUUUCCGAUGCUGUGAGCGCUGCCAAGGUAUUGGACUGGAAACCAUUCCAAUGCCAAAAUGGUGAACCUGAAGUAAUGUAUUAAAUUGUGGACCGGCGCAUUGCCUGAUUGCAGAC